AUGACAAAGCGACCUCAAGUUUAUCUGCCGGACGAGUGUAUCUACAGUUGCAGUACCUGCCAUUCCCAUGUCGCAUGUCAUGAUUCAAUUAUAUCAAAAGUAUCCUCGGGCAAGCAUGGACCUGGCUACCUCGUAGACGAAGUGGUGAAUGUCGGAAUGGGAGAAAGAGAGGAACGAGUACUGCCUUCGGGACCUCAUAUUAUAGCGGAUAUUUAUUGCUGUGUGUGCCACGCCACAAUUGGCUGGAAACACAUUAUUGCUUCCAAAGAAGAAGAAAGAUACAAAGAUGGUCUGUGGAUGAUAGAACAGACACGAGUAGUUAAAGAAAGACUGUAA